GGCCGCGGCUUUGCUCAUUUACUGUCCCGCUUUCAACAGCAGCAGAUCCGCGGACCUCACACACGUCUGUCCGGAGGCUCUGGGGCUCCUUUCGUCAUGAAAACCAGCAGCUAACGUUAACGUUUGGGUUAGCGGCAGCGGGAGCAGAGCGGAGCCUGAGUCCGGAGAGGAGGAGAAGAGGAGAGGUUACUGGAUGUCACAAUCUGACAAGGAGCAAACUCUCAUUAGCUGAGCGGCCAACGACCAGUUGCUGCCUGUGAACUUAUUUAUCCAGCAAGAGGCUGAAAGAAGCACUUGACGGGGCUACCAGGCGGAGGUGCUGUGGCGAAUCACAGGCUGCCACUGCUGAUCCCUGAGGAGCAUGAGUCAUGACCUCAGUGGUGCUGGUCGACACUGGCGGGAGGGUGGUGCAGUAUGUCACAGCUGUGGAGGACCCCCAGCAGGAGGGUGAGUGUGAGGUGGACCUGGAGCUGGAAGGAGAGGUGGAAGGCGAGUGUGAAGCCGAGGAGGCCUAUGAGGAGGUCGAGGACAGAGAGGAGGCUGAGGACUACCCAGCUGUCAUAGUGGAGGAGGUGCCUGGUGCCUGCCCGGCCGAGGAGCAGAGCUACUCAGCGCAGGUGUUGGUGUAUGAUGACGAGGCGUACCUGAUGCAGGAAGUGGGCGAUGAGCAGGAGGUGGAGACAGAAAGGGAGGCAGUGGAGGCCUCUGUCCAUGGCACCAGUGUUCACUGCUCUGACAAGACCAUUGAGGCUGCUGAGGCUCUGCUACGUAUGGAUUCCCCCUCUAGCCUCAGAGAAGAUCGCAGCCCAGAAGCUUUUGUCCCGCCAUACGUAGCGACACCAGACUUCCUCCAUGCUGCCAUGCGCCCCGACAUGAUUUCAGAGACAGAGGUGGAGAUAACGACGGAGGACUGCUGCGAGGAUGAUGAUGAUGAAGAGAUGGUCACAAUGCUGGAAGAACCAGAACCAGAGCCUGACCACGAGCCUGUGAGGAAGAGGAGAGCUGGACGGAAGCCAAAGACACAUCAGUCAGCUUUUUCCAAUGGCUCACCUGACCUCGGCAUCAAGAAGAAACCAAGAGAAGGGAAAGCAGGAAGCACCACCUACCUAUGGGAGUUCUUGUUGGACCUCCUCCAGGACAAGAACACCUGUCCCAGGUACAUCAAGUGGACCCAGAGGGAGAAGGGCAUCUUCAAACUGGUCGACUCAAAGGCUGUGUCCAAACUGUGGGGAAAACACAAAAACAAGCCAGACAUGAACUACGAGACAAUGGGCCGGGCACUCAGAUAUUAUUACCAACGUGGCAUCCUCGCCAAGGUAGAGGGACAGCGUCUGGUUUAUCAGUUCAAAGAGAUGCCCAAAAACAUCGUCAUCAUCGAUGACGACAAGGCAGACAUGCCUGGCGACGACCAUCUGAUGGGCUCAGACACCGCCUCCUACGAGCGCGUGCCGCCACCGUCAGACAUGCUGCUCCAAGCAACCGAGCUGUCGUCUUCCAAGAGGCCCAACAUCCUGCGGGGGGGCAACAGAGCCAACGUGGUCCAAGCUCCUGUCACGGUUGGCAACAAAACGAUGGCAGGAAGUGGCACGACGGUUACAGGGGUUCCAAGGAUAGUGAGCGUUUCAUCAGCGCCAGACGGAAACCAGCAAUCUCACACGGCUAUCAUCUCAAACGCCGGCGGGCCCAGGACAGUGCGGGUCGCUAUGCAGGUGCCCGUAGUCAUGGCAACAUCGCUGGGUCAGAAGAUCUCUACAGUUGCUGUGCAGCAGCCAGCAGGAACAACGGGGGCUGCCGGCCACACCACCCUCCUCACUAACACUUCUCCUGUCGGCACUGCUGGUGGCACCAACUCCCAACAGAAGGUUGUGAUCCAGACCAUCCCCACCAUGGUCCCAGCCACAGCAGAGAACGGAGAUAAGAUCACAGUCCAGCUGGCUAAGAUUAUCACAAUCCCAGCUCACCAGUUAGCUCAGUGUCAGCUCCAGGGCUCCACGGGUUCGGCCAAGCACAGUGUCGGGGCUUCGCCAGCGGGCAUCAGCCUCCUCGGAAGCCCCCUGACGGUGCGGACCCUGGCUCCUGUCAACGUCGCCCCAGGAGCGCAAGUGAUGAGACUCACAGUGCCGACACAGGGGCAGCAACAGACUCUGGUGGUGUCGCAGCCGGGAAGCGUCGGCAGCGGGGUAGUCACGGUAACGACAGCCAACCAGACGAUGACGGCGCAGCCUCGCAUCAUCAGUGGCGUCAUCAAUGGCUCAGAGCUGGUGAUAGGAGGGCCAGGCACCGGAGGGGUCUCUGUGGAGAAGCUGAAGGCUGCGGGUCUGCAGGUCCAAGCUGUUCAGGUGCCAAUGACGAUGGCAGUCCAACAGAACCAGGCGAACCCCAAAACCAACAAAUCAGAUGCGGUAGAUGCUGAGGUGGUAAUCAAACUGGAAACACCUGACGUGAUAAAGACAGAAGAACCCGAGUGUUGAAACACAUACGUCUACCAACAUCCAUGGUUACCUUCUCCCGCAGAGAGGGUUACUUUGUACAUGUGUGAAGUCAUUUUUUGACUCUUGUAAUAACCAGCAGCAGUCUGUGAGACUUUAAAGACUCCUGAAGGCCUAUUUUUUUUUUUUUUUUAGUCCCGAACCCGUCUUCACUUAAUCUUCCCUGUUGCUGCCUAGAACUUUACCUAACUGAGCCGGUCUCCCUCAGAACCACACUGAAAAACCUCUUUGAGCGAAACAGUUGUGUAUGGAGCUCCAGCUGCGCCCUGCAACAUAGGAAUACACACAAAAGACUUUUAAAGGGACUCGUUGGGGCAAAAGGUAAAAGGGACCAACAUUGAUCACUACAGUUAACGCCUUGUAAAUGGAUAUCGCUAUCACUGACUCAAAUUGGGAAAACAGAUGCACUACACUACAUGAUAUGGCAAAUAAUUACAACUAACCAAAAUGUGAACUAUCAAUUAAAAAAAAAAAAAAAAAACACAGCGGGGGAAGGGGAGGGUAUAAAAGAUUUUUCUAGAGAUCUUCUUUUGUAUUGAAUUUUUGUCUCUACCGAUGUUAAAACCAGCAACUUUUUUUUGUUUGUUUGUUUUUACUUAUAUCACUGUGCAGAUCAAGUGUGGGUGGUGCUAUAGUAUGUGAGAGAGCGAGAGAUGGAGAGAAAGAGAGAGAGAGAGAGAGAGAUGGGGAGAGAAAGAGAAAGCAGAGCUGCGAGAAGCUCUAACAGAGAAAGAUAUCAGACAGAAUGGUCAUGUAUGUACAUAUAUACAUAAAUAUAUAUAUAUUUACCUACUAUACAGUUUACGGAGCUAAAGUUAACAGAGCAGCCUUAGAUUGGAAUUUUGACUUUUUUUUUUUUUUUUUCAUGUAUUGUCUGAACGGUAAGCUGAAAUAUUUGUUUUUUUGUGUUUUGAUACCUUGUACCAAGCACAGUAUUACUGAAACGAAGGGGAACUAAUACUUUUUUCUACGAUGAUUAGUUCUUCUGUCUGUCAGGCUGUUAAUGCUAAUGUAGAUCGAAUCUUCAUCAUACUGUAGAUGAGCAGUCAAAUUGCUUGUAGUGCAUCCUCCAGCGUCUAGGGGCAUUUGGCAAAAACAAUCUUGGCUCAGUACUUCUUUUUUUCUUUUUCUGACAAACCAACACAUCUUGACUGCGUGGUAACAAAAAAAGUCCACACAGUAAUUAAAUAGAGAUGCACAUCAACUGGAAGAUCCAGAAUGAAUUUAAACAAUUAUUUUAACUAUUAAAAAAAAACAGGCGUUGGAAAUUGCGCAGCUUUAUGUAAAACGACUGACAAAGUCAAGCGUGUCAUCCCAGGUCACUUUACAUCUCGAUUAAACAGAGGGUCAAUUUGCCAGGUGAGUCUCUGCCCUGACAUUUCAUUUAUUAUCAUUUUUUUUAUCUGAAAAGAGGGAAGAUGGAGAGAAAGAUGUUUGUGUUCAGACUGAACUGUUUGUAUAUUCAACAUUUGAAGUAUAUUCUAUUUUGUUGUACUCUUGUUUCAAAGUGUAUUAAAGUAGAUUUUACUGAAAUAUAAAAAGACAUUUGAAACCUCA